CCCAGCAUCUUCACUGUCACACGGAGGCGUUGACCGGCUUAGCCCACAAUGGCCUUGAGUACGAAAACGUUGAUUAUACUCUUUGGCUGCCUUAUGGCGGCCUCUACGAUGAUACUAUGGAUGCGGCACAACCGCCAUCCCACAUACGAUGGCCUGCCCUGGGCUGGCCUGAGAAAGGAGCUGUUCCCUAAGCUCCGAGCUAGCCUGCGCCACAAGCGUGAAGGUAUACAGGUCACGGCGGAAGGCUACAAAAAGUUCAACAAACACGGGAUGCCGUUCGUGACCCCGCUGUCAACAACCAAGCCCAUGGUGGUUGUGCCGCCAUCCGACAUUGAAUGGCUAACAAAAAGGCCCCGAUCUGAAGUCACGCAGCCUCAGAUGGUUAUCCACCCGGAUCUGGUGCAUUACUACCUGCCCAAGAUGCCCGUUGGCGAAUUCACGCAUAUGCCAACCAUCAAUGUCGACCUGAAGAAGAUCACACCCGAAGUUAUUUGGAAGCAAGUUAUUGAUAGCAUCCCAACCAGCCUUGAUGCCCGGGCUUCCCAUGCCAAACCAUCGGACAAUGGCUGGGAGACCAAGCCCCUCUUCGACUUUUUAGGUGGCAUUGUUGCGCGCGUAUCCGUAGGCCUCUUCCUAUCAAAGAGCCUCAGUCGUGACGCAGAAUUCGUUAAAACCAUGAUCAUGUAUACUGUAACCUUCAACAAUUUCCCCUACCAGCUCCAUGACGCCAUUCCCAAGCCGCUAAGACGGCUCUACGUGCCCUUGAUUGCGGCUCCAUCGAGGUACUACCUGUGGAAGCUCCAUAAGUGGUUGUUUCCUGUCGUCCAGAAGCAUUUGGACGGCACUGAGACCGACGAGGACAGAGAUACUGUGCUCCACCACCACGUCAAGUGGGCGCAAAGGUCAGUGAACCCGCAAGAUCGCGAUCCCGCCGUCAUCAUAUCACGGUUGGUCCUGAUGAUCGCCGCACUCGCGCUUCCAAACAUCUAUCAGAGCCUGAGCGACUCUGCGAUCAACUUGACGCGGCAGGUGCCAGGAAAUGACGAGUCCAUCCAGGCCGUGCUUCGACAGGAGACGGCUGAACUCUUGGAAAGGGGGGCACGGGAUGCGAUGCCGAAAGAUUACGCUCGGGGUCUCGUCCACAUGGAAUCUUUUCUAAAGGAGACCCUGCGCUACCGCACUUUCAACGGCUUCGGUCUGGGCCUAACUCGGGAGGUGGUGGCAGAGAGCGGCUUGAUUCUCCCAUCCGCCAAGGACGGUCCGACACUUUCCAGGGGCACUUGGGUGACUGUGGCGUAUGACGCCAUCCAUCGCGAUCCGGAGAAUUACGAGGCAUGUGACGACUUCAUGCCGUGGCGUUUUGUACGUCCAAAUGGAGAGAAAGCUACCGAACUGACGGAUACAAACGACACGUACUUGCCCUUUGGCCGGGGAAGGGACACUUGCCCCGGCAGGUUCUUCGCCGCAGACUACAUGAGGCUGGUUGUGGUUUAUCUCGUACAUAACUUCGAGUUCCAGGCGCCGGGAGGCGUGCUCAAAGGGCCUGCUGCGUCCAUUGACGUCAGACCUCUGCAGGUGGACAGCACCAGCUGA